CUUUAUUUACGAAUUUGUUGAUAUGUGCCUUAAUUUAAACUUCCCACCUGUGAAAGGAAUAUGAUUGUAGUUAAAUAAAGCAUUAAAAAUGACGGAUGAUACUGCAGUGAAGGUAGUUGUUAGAAUCCGUCCUCAAAUUUCCCGUGACAUUGCUGACCUGUGCCAUGUUUGUACAAAAACAAUUCCAAAUGAACCACAGAUCUGGAUUGGAAAUGACAAAUCCUAUACUUUUGAUAAGGUGUUUGAUAUGCCAACACCUCAGACAGAAAUAUUUGAAAAUUGUGUUAAAGAACUUGUUGAUGGUUGCUUUGAUGGUUACAAUGCAACAGUUUUGGCAUAUGGACAGACUGGAUCAGGUAAAACCUAUACCAUGGGUACUGGUUUGGAUCAUAGUUUCCAUCAUGAAGAGAGAGGAAUUAUUCCUAGAGCAGUUGAACAUUUAUUUCAAAAGAUUGAAGAGAUUCAGCUUCAAGAAAAAGAAAAAGGAUGUACUCCACCUGAAUUUAAAGUGAAUGCACAGUUUAUGGAAUUGUACAAUGAAGAAGUCAUUGAUUUAUUGGAUACAACAAGGGACUUGGACAAUAAGAAAAGAACGCAUGUUAGGAUACAUGAAGAUGCUGAUGGGAAAAUCUACACACAUGGUGUUAUUGCACAAUGUGUUACUAGUGCAGAAGAAGCUCUGCAUUGUUUGAAAAUUGGAUCACUUUCUAGAACAACAGCAAGCACGGGUAUGAACACACAGUCUUCCAGAUCUCAUGCUAUAUUUACCCUUCAUAUCAAGCAACAAAGAGUAGUAAAAUUAGGAAAGGCCAUUGCUGGUGAAGAUACAUGUAAUUCAUCUUAUCACAAACAUACAGAAUCCUUGAAUGAAUUUGAAACACUUACGGCAAAAUUUCAUUUUGUUGAUCUUGCUGGAUCUGAGCGAUUAAAACGUACUGGUGCUACAGGGGACCGGCAGAAAGAAAGUAUUUGUAUCAACUCUGGUCUUCUUGCCUUGGGUAAUGUCAUAUCUGCUUUAGGUGACAAGACAAAAAAAGCAACUCAUGUACCAUACAGGGAUUCAAAGUUAACUCGGUUACUUCAAGAUUCUCUUGGAGGCAACAGUCGUACAUUAAUGAUUGCAUGUGUGUCACCUUCAGACAGAGAUUUUGUAGAAACGCUUAGCACUUUAAAAUAUGCAAAUAGAGCCAAAAAUAUAAGGAACAAGGUUAUUGCAAAUAAAGAUAAGUCUAGCCAGACCAUCAAUGCAUUGAUUAAGCAGGUUGAAAAUCUGCAAAUGGAAUUAAUGGAAUUUAAACAGGGCAAGAGGAUUGUGAGAGAAGAUGGAGUUGAGUGCAUUAAUGAUAUGUAUCAUGAAAAUACAAUGCUUCAAUCUGAGAAUAACUCACUAAAAACAAGAAUAAAAGCCCUUCAAGAAACAAUUGAUCGUUUGACAUCAAAAAAUGCUGCUUUGCUAGUUGAAAAACAAAGUGGGGAAUGGAUUAUAAGUGGUGAUGGUUCAAAGUCUGAUAUAUCAGCUGUCAUUCAAGGAUAUGUUACUGAAAUAGAAUCUCUUAGAGCCAAACUUAUUGAAUAUGAGGAAACUUGUGCCUUGCUCCGUAAAAAUGCUUUGAAAGCGUUACCACAGUGUGCCUUUACUCCAACUUCCACAGUUGCUAUCACUGGACAUUAUGACAUUCGUAUUGAUACAGCUCAGUCUGUUUCAGAAGUUUUAGAAGAAGCGAAGAAAAAUGUUAAAAAGUUAAAACGUAAAGAGAAAAAAUUGAAAGGGCAAGAAAAAGAACCUGGUGUUCCGAGUGACGAGGAAAAAGAAAAUGCUGAAGAGGUUGAGAAUGAAGAAGAUGUUCUAGAAGAUGAUGCUACUAGUUCUGGUUCAGAUACAGAAAAGACAGAUCAAGAUGAAAAAUUGAGUGAAAACUUGGCUGAGAUUACUUGUGAUAUUUCAUUGAAAGAAAAACUUAUAAAACAGCUAGAAAUUAGUCAAAAACGCUUGCACAACAUGAGACAGCAUUAUGAAGAAAAGAUUGCUCAGUUGCAAACAAAAAUUCUGGAAACAGAAAAGGAAAGAGAUAAAAUUAUAUCAAAUCUUAGUAAAACUGCUGAAAGUAAAUCAGAGGAAAGAAGAAUAAGAGCAGAUUAUGAAAAAAAAAUAUCAUCUUUGAGAAAUGAUGUGAGGAAUUUUGAAAAUGCUAAAAAGCACCAUGUGCAGUUAAUGUCAUCUGCCUCUUCUACUGAAGCCCAAUUAAAAAAAUUAAAACAGGAAGUUGCUGAAAUGAAACGAACAAAAGUUGCACUUCUUAAUAAAAUGAAGGAAGAAUCCAAGAAAUUUAGAGAUUCAGAACUGAGGCGUAACAAAGAAAUUGCUCUGUUAAAAAAAGAAAAAUUAAAUAAAGAAAGUCAAAUCAAAGCUCUUGAAGCAGAAAAAAGACGAAAGGAAAUAGUUUUGAAAAAGAGGACAGAAGAAAUACUGAGCUUAAAAAAAAGGACUGUGAAAUAUGUUUCGCCAAGAAGUCCUAGUCGAGUGAAACCAGGUCCUCACCAUCUUAAAGCUGCUAGGCAGAAAUGGCAAACUUUGGAGAAAAAGAUUAGCAAAAUAGUACUAAAUAAACAGAAUAUUGCAGCUAUUGAAAAAGAUAUGGAUCGCUGGCUUAAAGAAAGAGAAAAGAUUGGAAGGUGUCUUGACAAAAUCAUCCGAAAACGGGAGAAAGCUAUUUUUGAACAGAAGGAACCUAAAGUAAUUGAAGAGUUUGAUGAUGAAAUAGAAAGUUUACGAGCUAACAUUGAAUACAUUCAUGAAAACCUGUCUGAAUGUCAGUCAGCUAUAACUGGACUAGAAGAAGCAAAAGAGCACAUAAGUCCUGAGGAUAUAAUUAACACCUUGAAUAAUAUGCAGCUAGAAGAGUCACAUUAUAUAAUUGAAAAAAUAAUCCACAUGGCUAUAGAUCAGUGUUUUCAAAAUAGUCAAAAAGAAGUUCAAAUCAAAGAGUUGGAAUCACAGUUAGCACAAGUAAUUGAAAGUAAUGCUGUUCAAGAACAAUUGCUGUUCCAUGUUGUGCAACAAGCUAAUGAGCAUUUAGCUGGAUUUAUUGAGCUUACUGCUGUUAAUGAAGAGUCGGAUAAUUCUGGAAAUGAUUCUAGAUCAGGAUCUCCUUCUCCUGAUGAUAGUAUGCCAAGUUUUUCACGACAGUCAACAUUUGUUUCUGAUAAACCAAAAGAACGAAGAAAGGCUAGAAACAUUGCAGCAACUACUGAGCAGUUGUUAUUUUCAUCUGCUGAACCGCCAGAUGAACCCUCACUGCAAUUUGACAAUGAUAUUUUUAUUUCUGAUGCCACAACUGGUGAACCACAUAGUCUUGUUUCUAAUGAAAAAACAAAUGGGGUUAUAAGUGACAAAUUCAAAUCGUAUGUAGUCCUCCCUUCAUGUAGAAGAGAUGCUAAUGGUUAUAAUUUUGAACAACCAUUUGUUCCUGAGCAAAGAAUGCCACCAGUUUCAAAAUUCAAGCCCGUAGUUGCAGGCAGUGAAUUUCAGAGAUCCCAUUUAGUCCCAGCAUAUGUUGUUGAAGGUCACGACCAAGCAGUAUUAUGUGUUGAAUGUACUGAUGAUGUUCUUUUUAGCUCUUCCUCAGAUGGAUCUGUAAAAAUAUGGGAUUUAACUUCAAAGACAGAAAUUCAAAAACUACCUCAUUCUGAUGCAGUAACAAAAGUCUGUUAUUGCGAAUAUACAAGGCGUGCUUUUACUUCUACAUCAUUUGAAGUAUUAUUAUGGGAUGUUCGGCAAAAUCCUGCUUCUUGCAGGCAAAUUUUCAGAGCAUCUAAUGUUGAUCAUCGUUUAACUUCUGAAUAUUUGGUUACGGACAUUGCUCUCAAUCAAUAUGGUACACUACUCUAUGUUGCUUCUUCUCGUUCUGUUCGAAUAUGGGAUUUGCGAAUGUUACAAUGUCUUGGAGCAUUGGAUGUUGGUUAUGGGUUAAAUGCUACUUGCAUAGCAGUCACAGAUAUUGAAUUUGAGAAGAAUCGAAUAAUCUGUAGUUCACAGGAUAAAUCUCUCAAGAUUUUUGAAAUCAAAGAAGAUAGUUAUGGCAUCCACCAACCAAAGUUUGCUCUGUCACUUACUCAGAAUAAUGAGGAUGUUGAAGCUUUAGCUGUUUGUGACAGUACAUUAAUAACUGCUUCUAAAGAUUCAGCUAUACAGAAAUGGGAUUUGGAAAGGCGCAGUAUUGAAUAUAAUAUUACACCAGCUCAUAAUGAUGGGAUAUGUUCUGUCAGUAUAAUGCCAGAGCAAAAUACCUUUUUGAGUGGGUGUAGAUCAGGAUUUUUAAGGUUGUGGACUUUGGAUAAAUGCCAGUUUUAUGAUGAAAUUAAAGUCCACAGUUCUUCCAUUAAUAGCAUAUGUUUUAAUAGUGAUUUUAUUUUUACUGCUUCAAAUGACAAUACAGUUGGUGUGUGGACCAUGAGAAAUCGAAGAAUGUGAAUUUAUUCCAUGCAACCCAAAUUUCAGUAUGUGGAACUGUGUGUCGUAAUUGUUAACUCGGAAAUGGUUGAGUUCGAUGUUAGAUUUUACUAAUUAAUUUGUUAAGAUUUCUAGCCAAAUACAUAUAAUUUUUAGUACAUUCCAGUAAAUAAUGUAUAAAUUAGUGAAAUAAUUUUUAACAGAUCUAGAGUAUUAAUGAUUGUUCUGUGAUUUGUUUAGUAUUUAUUAUUUUAUUCAUUUGUUGUAACAUUUAAAAUUUUUAUAGUUCUUUAUUUCUUUUACAACUGUUUAACUCUUACUGUUAUGUUCAUUUGCAUUUUGUUGAUAGGUUUUACAUAACUUGCUUUUAGAGAACUUAUUCGUCUUUCAUCUUUCAAUUGCGUAAAACUUUAAGGGAACUUCAGAUUUUAUAUUUGAUAGAGAAAAAAAAUUAGAAUUACAAAGACAGCAAUUAACAUCUGUAAGUCUUUCUUCAUUAAUAUAUAAUUAUGGAAAAAUAAGAAGAUACAAGAACUAACUCUGUAUCAUCUAUAAGCAGCUUCAGAAAUUAUAACAUCUUCAUAAAACUAUUUUAAUAUCUUUCUAUGCUACAAAGAUAUUCUUACAUCAGGUUAUUAUCAUUACAUUCAAGUUUAUUAAUUUUUAAUGCAUUUUCUUAUCUCAUUAUUUGAAGUAGUUAUAGAUUCUUUUCAACUUUUAUGAAGAAGAAAGAUCAGUAUUUUAAGGUAAAGCAAUAAUUAUAUUUAGAAAUAAAUAAUGUGCCUUCAUAUCUUAACUAAAUCUAGACAUUUUCAAAAUAAGAUAUUGAUUUUUAAACUUAAUUAAUAUGUGCCAAACAACGUGCUGCAAUUUGAUUGAACUAUGUUUUGGUUCUUGAAAACUUUUUCCUCUUAGAUAAAAAAAUAAAUACAUCAUUAUUUACAAAAUAUUUUUGCAUUGAUUCUAAACGCUUAAAAA